UAAGUUAAUCGACGGUUAAAAUCAGCAGGGUGGCAACAAAAAAUAGAGAUGAAGGAAAACCAAGCAUUCUUAUCAUUUCAGUUGCCACCCUGCUGAUUUUAACCGUGAUGAAAUUGGUCCUGAGAGACAAUGUUGCUCGAUUGCCGGAUAAAAUCACAAGAUAAAAUCUACAAUCAACAAUAUUGUUUUAUUAAUUAUUUAUUUACUUUUUAAUUUAAAAAAAAAGUUUAAUGCGCUAUAUAUGUGUGUGUGCAUAAAAUCAUAGCUCCAUAAAGUUAGUAGCCGGUCAACAGUGUUUGUUUUAUGAGAGUGAUUCGCACUUCGCAUGUAGCAGCCAAAUCAAGAAGAAGACUUCGCACGUGGAUCUCUAUAGUUUUGAAUCCAGAGAUCUUCUUAAUCGUCUACUACGCAUUCAAAUAACUUUAAUUGAAAAGUAACUGCGUGUAUAAGAUAAUUAUUAUUAUCUUCGAUACAUUUCUUUAGAUAGCUUGUAAAAAAGUAGAUUUUAAGAUGUCUGAAGCAAAAGAUAAAUUGGAUACUGCAGAAGCAACAAAUACUACUUCAGAUAUUAAAUCUACAAUAGAUAAUCAAAAUACAGAUAAAAAGAUACCAUGCAUUAUUGUACUUGGGAUGGCUGGUGCAGGCAAAACAUCAUUUGUUUCCAGACUUGUUUCUAGAUUGUAUGAUAUAGGAAAACCAUAUGUUGUUAAUUUAGAUCCUGCUUGUAAAGAAGUUCCAUAUUCUGCUAAUAUAGAUAUAAGAGACACUGUAAAUUACAAAGAAGUAAUGAAACAAUAUAAAUUAGGUCCUAAUGGUGGCAUAGUUACAAGUUUAAAUCUUUUUACUACAAAAUUCCAUCAAGUUAUCGAACUUAUUAACAAAGCUAGUGAAGAGCAUAAUUUUGUUGUUUUUGACACACCAGGACAAAUUGAGGUCUUUACAUGGUCAGCCAGUGGUUCGAUCAUAACAGAAGCAUUAGCAUCUCAAUUCCCAACCAUUGUAAUAUAUGUAGUGGAUACUGCGAGAAGCGUUAAACCUAUCACGUUCAUGUCCAAUAUGUUGUAUGCUUGUUCUAUACUUUAUAAAACCAAAUUGCCUUUUAUUGUAGUCAUGAAUAAGAUUGAUAUUGUUGAGCACAGUUAUGCAAUAGAUUGGAUGCGUAAUUUUGAAACUUUUCAAGAAGAACUUGAUAUGGAAAGUGGUUACAUCAGCAAUUUAACACGUAGUAUGGCACUUGCACUAGAUGAAUUUUAUGCUCACUUGCAAUGUUGUGGUGUUUCUGCAGUAACAGGCACUGGAAUUGACGAAUUUCUCAAACUAGUUGAAGAUGCUGUGCAGAAAUAUGAAACUGAUUACAGACCAAAAUGGAAAAAAAUUAAGGAAGAGAGGAAUGCACAACAACAAAAAACGGAAAAAGAACAGUUAGAGAAGAUUGGUAAAAAAGCAAUGGGAGAAGAUGUAUCAUUAGUGUCAACAGUUAGCAGUGGUCGCGAAACCUCUGAGAUUUAUCUGAAACAUGCAUGUAAUGAAUCAAGCGAAGACGAAGAUGGAACAGAAAACAAAGAAGAUGAAGAUGAAGAAAAGAAAGAAAUGGAGUCAUUUAAAAGUUUUUUGGAAAGACAUAAAACAAAACAAAUUAAACGAAAGAAUCAGGAAUCUGAAGCUAGUACAAGUAAAAAAAGCGAUAAUGUUGACUCCAUUUAAUUUUAUAUGUAUAAAAUAUGUAUAAAAUAUAUAUAAAAUAUGUAUAAAAUAUAUAUAAAAUAUAUAUAAAAUACUUUUUGAUUAAAGAAUUAU